AUGGCAGUUUUUGUGGCACUUUCUCACUCCAUUUUCCUCUUCCACCGUCUUCUCUGUACUCCUUCCAGCUGCAAGCAACUGCCGAAUCCAAUCAAGCCCUUAAAACUCGGGAUUGUCCCGCUUUCACUCUCCGAGUUGCUUUUCAGCUCCUCUUCCCAUGGCAUGAGAAAACAUAGCGGGGCUCUUGGUUUGAAGUUUUGUGUGAUGAUGUGGAGCAUGUAUCGGGGCUUUGUUUGUGUUCCAUUGUUUGUGUGCUUGGUAUUGGCUAUUGAACUUGUUGUAGCAAAGGAUUUUGAGCCUACAGAUAAUAUCUUACUCGAUUGUGGGGGUCCUCCAUCGAGUACUGAUACUGAUGGCCGUGUAUGGACAACUGAUGUUGGUUCCAAGUUUGAUUCCUCCUCUGCAAAAUCCACCUCCGUAUCGCCGGCGGCAACUCAAGACCCUGCCGUCCCUCAGGUGCCCUACAUGACGGCGCGUGUGUUCCACGCGCCUUUUACAUACUCUUUUCCGGUAGCUUCUGGUUGGAAGUUCCUCCGGCUGCACUAUUACUCGGCUUCUUACUCCAAUCUCAAUGCGUCGGAUGCGCUGUUUGGGGUGACGGCGAAUUCAUACACGCUUCUUAGGAACUUCAGUGUUUCUCAGACCACCCUGGCUUUGAAUUAUGCCUACAUUUUGAAGGAAUUUGCCAUCUAUGUAGAAGGGAAAACCUUGAAUGUGACUUUCACUCCGUCUAACAAUGCAUCCAAUGCUUACGCUUUUGUUAAUGGGAUUGAGGUUGUGUCCAUGGCUGAUAUUUAUACUGCCACUGAUGGAACUACCAUGAUAGUGGGUACAAAUACUGCUUACACUAUUGAUAACAGCACUGCACUUGAGAAUGUUUAUAGGUUGAAUGUGGGUGGGAAUGAUAUCUCUCCCUCCCAUGAUACUGGUAUGUUUAGGUCAUGGUCUGAUGAUACGCCCUUCCUCUUUGGGGCUUCAUUUGGAGUUACUGAGCCUGCCGAUCCUGAUGUGAAGUUUGAGUAUCCUCCGGGCACGCCAAGUUAUAUUGCUCCACUUGAUGUCUACACCACGGCCAGAACAAUGGGCCCAAAUCCUGAGAUCAACACGAAUUACAACUUGAGUUGGAUCUUCAACAUUGAUUCUGGGUUUUCCUAUCUAGUGAGACUCCAUUUUGCUGAGGUAUCAUCAAAUAUAACCAAGAUUAAUCAAAGAGUAUUUGAUAUAUUCCUCAAUAAUCAAACAGCUAUGGCUCAGGCUGAUGUAAUUGCCUGGGCAGGCAUAUUGGGCCUUUCACAUUCUAAUGGGGUGCCUGUGCAUAAAGAUUUUGUUGUCUUUGUUCCCGAGGAUAAAGAACCACGGCAGGACCUGUGGCUUGCAUUGCACCCAGAUCCAACCGACAAGCCCAUGUAUUAUGAUGCAAUCUUGAAUGGAGUGGAGAUAUUCAAAAUUAGUGAUAGUACAGGUAAUCUGGCAGGGACAAAUCCUAUUCCUCCUCCUGUGCAAGACAAAAUUGACAUAUCAACAGCUAGAGCACAUAAUCAUGGAAAAUCAAAGAAUCAUACAAGCAUAAUUGCAGGAGGUGUUGCAGGAGGAGUUGUUGUGUUACUUGUGAUUGGGAUAUUUGCUUUUGCUGCAUCCCGUCGUCGUAGGCAAGGAAAGGAUUCUGGUGCAAGUGAGGGGCCAUCUGGCUGGCUUCCACUUUCUCUUUAUGGUAAUUCACAUUCUGCAGCUUCUGCCAAGACCAACACAACAGGAAGUUAUGCUUCCUCUCUCCCAUCAAACCUUUGCCGUCAUUUCUCAUUUGCUGAAAUCAAGUCCGCCACAAACAACUUUGAUGAGGCUUUGCUUCUUGGUGUGGGAGGAUUCGGUAAGGUUUAUAAGGGAGAAAUUGAUGGUGGAACAACCAAAGUAGCAAUAAAACGUGGGAAUCCACUAUCUGACCAGGGGGUGCAUGAGUUCCAAACCGAGAUUGAAAUGCUCUCUAAACUUCGUCACCGCCACCUUGUUUCCCUGAUUGGAUACUGUGAAGAAAACACUGAAAUGAUCCUUGUGUAUGAUUAUAUGGCCUAUGGAACACUCAGGGAGCAUUUGUACAAGACCCAGAAACCUCCACUUCCAUGGAAGCAAAGGCUGGAGAUAUGCAUCGGAGCUGCUCGAGGUUUACACUAUCUACAUACUGGUGCUAAACACACAAUCAUUCACCGUGAUGUGAAGACCACAAACAUUUUACUCGAUGAGAAGUGGGUGGCCAAGGUUUCUGAUUUUGGAUUGUCAAAAACAGGUCCAACAUUGGACAAUACCCAUGUAAGUACUGUUGUAAAGGGUAGUUUUGGGUACUUGGAUCCAGAAUACUUCAGGAGGCAGCAACUAACUGACAAAUCUGAUGUUUACUCAUUUGGGGUGGUUCUCUUUGAGAUAUUGUGUGCUCGUCCAGCUUUGAACCCGGCCCUUGCUAAGGAGCAAGUUAGUCUGGCUGAGUGGGCAGCUCAUUGCUACAUCAAAGGCAUUCUUGACCAAAUCAUUGAUCCCUAUCUAAAGGGAAAGAUAGCUCCGGAAUGCUUCAAGAAGUUCGCUGAGACUGCGAUGAAGUGCGUGGCUGACCAGGGAAUUGACAGGCCAUCCAUGGGUGAUGUCUUGUGGAACCUUGAAUUUGCUUUGCAGCUUCAAGAAAGUGCAGAGGAGAGUGGCAGCGGCUUUGGCGGCAUUCACAAUGAAGAGGAGCCGCUGUAUACAGAUUCUAAAGGAAAGAAGGACUCUGAUGCACUGCCUUUUGAUGGGAAUGUGACUGACUCCAGAAGCAGUGGCAUUUCAAUGAGCAUUGGAGGUAGAAGCUUGGCUAGUGAAGACUCUGAUGGGUUAACCCCUAGUGCUGUGUUCUCCCAGAUCAUGAAUCCAAAAGGGCGUUAA